CCAGAACUUGCCGGCGCCCCGCUUGAGCUAGGCUUCAACUUCUCCCGUUCUAUAUGCAGCACAUCGGAUGGUCGCUCAUUUGAUUGCAUGCAACGUUUGCCAACGACCAAAGUCUCUGCACAAAGUUGCCAAUUUCGUCUUCGCUAACUCCACUCACAUACGUCACUCGCACGCAUCCACGACUCGCGAUCCACGAUUGCUGGACACGAUUCCACCUUCUGAAAGCGUCCGCCUCCACUCGUUCGUAUCGUGCACGCAAAAGACUAGCCAGCCAGCACCAGCCUCGCCUUGACUCGCCAGCAUUCUCUUUGCGUCUCGACCUUCAGCACCGGCAUACUGGACUCCCCCAAUCUCUCUCUUCAUCGCAACCCACCUUUUCUCUGCCUUCAAGUUGCG